AUGUCUUCCGAGGCGAAAGGCACUCAAGCGAUACCAGUGUCGCCCAUCAAUGCCCAGCAAGAGCGACUGAACGCCUUGCUCGAGGAACAUGGAGCAACCUGGGACUCCCUCGAAGACCCUCACGACCCAUUCAACUGGUCUUUUAUGCGAAAAAUUUCCGUCGCACUCAUAGUCUCGCUGGGUCAACUCGUCACCCUCAUGUCCACCAGCAUGAUGGCCGCCGCCUUGACUAAAAUCGGAGCCGACCUUCAUCUAGGCAGCACGGCUACUCAAAUCCUUUUUUCGAUCUUUAUUUUAGGUCUCGCCUUCGCUCCUUUCUUAAUUGCUGCUCUCUCGGAGAUGUACGGACGGCGAUCGAUAUGGAUUGCCAGCAAUAUGUUCUAUAUCCUGUGGAACGCACUGUGUCCAGUCAAUUCCUCGGUCGGACUCAUGACGGUCGGUCGCUUCCUGGCAGGAUCGGGUGCCAGUGCAGGUAUUGUGCUCACGGGUCCUAUUCUGGCGGAUAUGUAUCGUCCUGAACAUCGUGGGCGCUCUCUCGCGCUGGCUACCUUCAUCCCAUACAUAGGCCCGGCUCUGGGUCCCAUAGUUGGCGGUGUUAUCUCCCAGCAUCUCCAGUGGGGCUGGUUAUUCUGGACUCUCUCCAUGUUCGAUGCAGCCAUUGUGCUGGUCGGCUUUUGCUUCUUCCCCGAAUGCUACACACCAGCACUGCUUCGGAAAAAGGCCGCCCUUCAACGCAGCGAUAUCAGUGGUGCUCCUCCAAGUAACCGAAAAUUCAUGCUAGACAAAGCCUUCUAUCAGGACCUCGGCGCCCGGCUACGCGCCAACCUGAUCCGGCCGCUUUGGCUCCUUGUCUACCGCCCAGCCAUCCAAGUCAUCGCGCUCAUCAUGGCCCUGAACUUCGCCAUCUACUGUCUCCUGCUUUCAACAUAUGCUACCCUCUGGAUCGAGCGCUACGGCGAGUCUGAGACAAUUAGCAGUCUGAAUUACAUCGCGAUCGCGGUCGGCACCAUCGGCGCCUCCCAAGCAGGCGGCAUAUUAAUGGAUUGGAUCUAUGCAUCCCUGAAAGAGCGCAACAACGGCGAAACCACUCCCGAGUUCCGCGUCCCGUUCCUCAUCCCAGCUGUGAUCCUCAUUCCCGUCGGCCUCUUUCUCUACGGCUGGUCAGCGGAAAAACGACUCCCCUGGAUCGUCGUAGACAUUGGCACGGCAAUCUUUGUCUGUGGCAGCUUUAUGCUGGCGCAGGGAAUGCUGGCUUAUCUACUCGAUGAGUUCAAGCAUGCUGCCUCGGCCAAUGCGGCAGCGCGCAUGUUGUCGAAUAUCCUCGGUUUUGUCUUUCCCAUCUUUGCGCCUAGCAUGUAUGCAUCCUUGGGGUAUGGGUGGGCGAAUAGUCUGUUGGGAUUUAUCUUCGUUGCGGUGGGGAUGCCCAUACCCGUCAUGUUGUGGUACUAUGGACCACGCUUGAGGGCUAUUGGACGGACAUAG